GGAUGGGAGCAUAAAUGGUGGAUGUCAUCGAGGAUAUGGCGGAGAAGGCAACAUUUAUUCUCUCACACACUUAAAAAAUCGGUUAGUUGAGCUGCUAACCAGAUCCUCACCUACAUUGUUUAUUUUUUCCUCUUCCCCUUUUACUUGCUGGAUCCGUAUCAUUGCAUUUGAACUGGCAAGAGUCCCCAGUGCUCACUUGCUUGCUUUUUAGUUCGAGGAGCUCUCCUCUCCCUCUUCGCUGUAAAUCGCUUCUUUGGCCGUAGUCCUCUUCUCUCAAUUUUGAGCUUAGUUGGAGGCUGCGAGGGCACGAUUUCUGUUUGUCAAUGGCGGGGUUUCUCUCUAUGCUCAGGCGAACAUAUCUAUCCGUCUAUAACUGGGCCGUCUUCAUUGGCUGGGCACAGGUGUUGUUCUUAGCUGUGAAGACUUUGAAGGAAUCGGGUCAUGAACAUGUGUACAGUGCAGUUGAGAAGCCACUCCAGCUCGCUCAAACUGCUGCCAUUUUGGAGAUUUUCCAUAGUUUAGUGGGUCUGGUUCGAUCUCCCAUUACGGCAACACUCCCACAGAUUAGUUCGAGAUUGUAUCUUACAUGGAUCAUUUUACAUAGUUUCCCUGAGGUUCAGACGCACUUCCUCGUUAGUAGUUUGACCAUUAGUUGGUCAAUCACAGAGAUUAUUCGAUAUUCAUUCUUCGGCAUGAAGGAAGCCUUCGGUGGAACACCUUCAUUUCUUUUGUGGCUCAGGUAUAGCACUUUUUUGGUGAUGUAUCCCAUUGGUAUCAGCAGUGAAGUUGGUCUAAUUUAUCUCGCCUUGCCUCACAUAAAGGUAUCUGAAAAGUUCUGCAUAAGGAUGCCCAACAGAUGGAACUUCUCCUUCGAUAACUUCUACAUCGCUAUCAUUGCUCUCGGAAUCUACGUCCCAGGCAUGAAAUUAUUAACCGGUUCUCCUCACCUCUACAGGUACAUGCUUAGCCAAAGGAAAAAGGCUCUCUCUAAAUCAAAGAGAGAAUAGAAUAUGGCUUCCAACAGAUUGAAGUGAGGUUCAAUCCUAUUAUGGGUGACUACAGCAUUCGGUUCGGAGUCAAUGUAACAGUAUGUAGUGUACGCAGGAAUAAUUGAACACUUAUGAAACUGGAAUUUAAGUGGUCCAACUUGCUUUCCAAGGAUUCACACGCUCCAUCUUUUAGCCUUCAUGUUGAUAUUUAUGGACAGCAGGUGUACUCCACGGUCAUGCAGUUAAAAUCAUA